UAUGUCAUCUUUGUCAGAUUGCAUCUCUUUAUACGCAGAGCCAGGAUGAGAAAUCGCAUAGCGGUGGGUCCAAUAGGGAAGCAUAUGGAAAUAAAUGUGCAAAAAUGCUACAAACAGAACAAAAAUAUAAGCGAACGAUGUAAAGUGUUGGUCCCAUGUUUCAUGAGCUGAAAUAAAUGAUCACAGAAAUGUUCCAUAUGCACAAAAAAAUGUAUUUCUCUCAUAUGUUGUGCACAAAUUGGUUUACAUCCCUGUUAGUGAGCAUUUCACCUUCUGCUACCAUUUCUGUCAAGCCGUCUUCUUCGCAUACAAUUUGAUGCAUAUGUUUGAUAAAUCCACCGUAUGCACCACACAGAACGCACUGCAACUGCCUCUUCAAUACAAUGCUGCAAGGCAAAAGCAGCGUUCCAUUAGAAAUGAAUGUACUUCUGGUGUACCAAAACGCAAUGACGCUGUAGGUGUGAUGGAGGCGUUGGUUGAUGUUCGCUUCGUCUUGCAACUAAGGGAUUCUGUUGGGAUACAGAACCAGAAUCCCUCAGUUGCGGCAGAAUCCCUUAGUUGUGGUCAAAUAAGCUAGUUCUUUGUGUGUGCAAGGUGUAACUUAUCCAAAAUAAACUACUUUUGAGCACUUUUUCUGUUUACCGCCAGACUACUUCUGGUUCAUGUGCAUGCGUUGGAUCUGCACUACGAGCUUCAUUGAGCAUCCGACGCUACAUGCAUGGGCUAGCAUCAAAGUGAGCCAGCAGUGUCACCAGGCACAACUUUGUGGCUACAGUUUCACCAAGACGUACAUAAUGGAGCUGAUCCAUCUUAUGACAUUUUCAUAUGCUAAAAACACUUGAUUUCCAUGUAUUGCAUGUGUUUGAUAAUGUGUUUAGCUCUUGUCGGUAUGAAGGUGGUCAAUUUGAAACAAGCCAUACUCCAGGCUUGGAAGGAGCCUAGUCCCAUGUGGCUCCCUUUCCACCUCAACCUGGCAGGUCAGCUGACUUGUGUUGAUCAUCCAUGUAAAUGUAUGCGAUGUGGAAAGUAAACAGUUAAUUAAUGAUUUCAGAGUAUGAAAUAAGUCAUUUCUUUAUUUCCCUAUGUUCCAGAGGCUCUUAUGGAGCAGGCAAUGAUUGGCCCUUCUCCCAACCCGCUCAUCUUGUCCUACCUAAAGUAUGCCAUCAGUUCCCGUAUGGUUGACAUUUUGAAAACCAUCGUUUAUCCUAUACAUAGCGUCAAAAUAGACAUGAUCUGUAUUCUUUGGUUGUAGCGAUAUUAAAGGGUUAAUCUUCAUAUUCUGCACAUAGUAGGAAAGGCAGUGUUCAAGAUUGGCUAGUGUGCUUGAUUUAUAAUGCACAAUAAUUACAAAUGGAAAUGUCUUUCCUCAGAUGGUGUCUUAUUCAAGUGUACUCUUAGCCAUCAGUUUGGCCACCUUUUUAUAUCUCUCCAGCUAAUACCAACUGUCUGACCACUACUAGACAUGCAUACUUUCAUCGGCUGACAACUUGUCUGACAAAUGCCCCUGUUUGUUCCCAAGUUUGAUGAUUUCUCCAGGGAGCUCUGCGUCAAGUCCCUGUAGAUUCUGGACAUGUGCUCCCACCGUCUCAGGUGCACAUCCUUUCAUUAGUCCUUCCUUUAAAUUGGGCAUUGGUGGCUCAUCCUGGCUCUGUGUAUAAAUAGAUGCAACCUGACAAAGAUGACAUACCUUCUAUUCACCAUUUGUUAUUAAAUAUGGUUAAAGUACUAUUCGGUAUGAGUCUGCUGCUCGAAUAAUUUUCUCAGGGCUAAAGAGAGUGAGUGCAUUUCUGAUGUCAAGUCACCUUUUCAUAUUGAAAAAUAAUCUGCAGUAUAAUCCCAAACCUCAAUUUGCAUGGUAGUGUGGUUGCUGACAGGCUGUGCCUGGUACUGCGAGAGGCUCGGGGAGCUGGGGCCGGCGGCCGUCACUGAAGCCAGCCAUAGGGCCUGCCAGGAGAGGCUAAGGGACCUGGUGAACAGCACAAAGAACAGGGCCCUGGUCCACAUCGCAUGCCUGGAGAACCAAGCCUCCUGGACCAAUGUGGAGCUAGCUUUUUUCAAAGUGACAGAGGGCCUCAGCAGUCUAACCAAUCAGACAGAGAGGCAAGCUGGAAAUGUGUAUUUCAUUGGUGAAGAGUAUUCCUACGAUAGGGUUGGAACAGUCCGACCCCCUGCAUCACUAAUCGUUCCCCUCGGUCCACGCCUUCAUCAUGCUGGAAGGAACCAUGAACCUGACGGGGGAGACUCAGCCACUGGUGGAACAGCUGAUGAUGAUCAAGAGGGUGCAGACGGUGGACGCAGACCACUCCCAAGUCUCCAGAGGGCUUGCUGGUUGUGCCGUGACACAUGCUGUCUGGAAAAAGCCUGGACCCCCUCCUGGCUGCAUAUCGCAGCCACGGGAAAACUCACAUCCUUUGCCCGGAUGUUCAUCAAGCUGAAUGAGUUUCUGAAGCACUUCAGUGGAGAAGGAUUCGGCCUCGGUGCGAGCCCUGCUGUUCGACAUAUCCUUCCUCAUGCAGUGUCACGGGUUGCAGACCUACGGAUCAGAAGUGAUCCUGUCGGACCUCAGCCCCUCAGAGGAGAGCAAGACCCUGAACCCAGACCACCCCUGCUUUAGGAUGGAGUUGGGCAAGGUGGAGAGCCUGGUGGCCCUCCUCAACAAUGCCACUGAGCUGAAGCUAGUGAGCUGCUGAAGGAGACUUGCCAGGAGUGGGCCAACCGGGUGGUGCAGCUGCUUUACAGCAUUUUCUGCCUGGACACCCAGCAGAUCACCUUCACCCUGCUGGGCCACACCCUGCUCACAGACUCUGCCUAAUGGCACAGCCUGGCAGACCCGCCCAGCAAGGCCCUGGCCAAGUGACCGCUCCAUGUCCACCUCCCUAUCGGCCUCCCAGCUCCACACGGUCAACAUGAGGGACCCUCUCAACCACGUCCUAGCCAACCUGUUCCUGCUGAUCUCAUCCGUCCUUGGCUCCAAGACAGCGGGGCCACACAUCCAGUUUGUGCAGAGCUUCAUGAAGGAGUGUGUGGAGUGCCUGGAACAAGGCAGCUGCGGGAGCAUCUUGCAGUUCCAUGCCUUUCACCAUGGUUGAAUUCUGGAUCGUCGACUAGUUGACCCGCCUCGCCAGAAUACUCCAAGAUCGGUGCGCUUUGACCGUAGCUGGCCAUGUUGCAGAGAAUGGC